GUAAAUGGAGAAAGGUGCGGUGAUAGGUGUGGUGAAAGGUGAAUUAUCUACUUGUUUCCAACCGAUCCAGUCAAGCUGGAAAAUCUGCUCGUCACACACCCUGGAAACACUGAGCAGCUCAUCGUCUGCAGAAACCGAGCGAGUGUGUGUGCCAUCCCGGCCCCGGAAAGCUCCCCAAAAUGAGCAAAAUCUCUAAAUUUUUCAAGGGGAGCUCGAGCUCCAGUUCCUCGAGCGCGUCCAAGUCCAAACACCGAUCCAAAGGAGGACCCUCGCCCCAGGAGGCCAUCCACAAACUGCGAGAGACGGAGGACAUGUUGACUAAAAAACAGGACUACCUGGAGAAGAGGAUCGAGCAGGAAGUCAUGAUAGCAAAGAAACAUGGCACACGAAAUAAGAGGGCUGCCCUGCAGGCCUUGAAGAGGAAGAAGCGUCUGGAGCAGCAGCUCACUCAGAUCGAUGGCACCCUAUCCACCAUCGAGUUUCAGAGGGAAGCGCUGGAGAACUCCCACACCAACACGGAGGUGGUGAGGAACAUGGGCUACGCCUCCCAGGCCAUGAAGAAGGUCCACGAAAGCAUGGACCUGAACAAGAUCGAUGAUCUGAUGGAGGACAUCAACGAACAGCAGGACGUGGCCCGCGAGAUCAACGAAGCCAUCUCCAGACCGUACGGCGAAACGUACGACGAGGAUGAGCUGCUGGCCGAGCUAGAAGAGCUGGAACAGGAGGAGAUGGAGGACAACAUGAAGAGCAUGGGCGGCCUGCCCUCGGUGCCCAGCGCCAGGCUGCCAUCAGGACGGACGUCCCACCGUGCAACGGCCAGGAGACGUGUUGAAGACGAGGACGACAUGCGUAUGCUGGCUUCAUGGGCGACAUAAACAACAUUUGGAACAUUUGUAUUUCUGGGGGGAAAUGAAGAGCAUUGUGAUGUUUUUAAGCUUCUAGCACUGUUAGGACACUUUACCGUUUAUUUAUCAAUUAAUUUGUGUUCCAUCUUAUCAAGUCAUCUCUUUUCUUUCCUGUUGACAUCUUUUUUUCUUCCAUUUGCGUUCAGGCAACUGAAGGAUUUCCAACACUGACCAGAUAAAAACUACACUACAUGUAAUACAGCUGUAGAUAAAGUCAGACUUUGUUUGAAUAUUGUAAAUAAAUGUCCAAACUAUAAUAAAAUGUCUGCUUCCUA